AACACCAUCUUUCUGUGUGUUUUGUUUUCUUUUACAGGAGCUGCCGCAGUGCCGAUACAAAGGCCUGUCUUGAGAGAAAUCGCAAGUCACUUGUGACAUCAAGAUCAAGAGCACUUGUGCUUUAGCCUUUCUUCGUGAGGUGAAUUCCACCUCUCAGAUAGUAAUGGAGGAAAACGACGAGGAACUUGAUGGUAGCCCGAGGGAGGACGUGGAAGAAGAGGGUAACACCACCUAUUCCACCACAACCACCAGCAGCAGCCUCACCCCAAACAUGAUGAGCUCCCUAGUCAUUUCUCCUUCCAAGUCCCUCGCAAGGCCACAGUCCCGAGUCCUCAGCCCCAUCAGGAAGCCCUCCGUCCCUGCCUCUCAAGGGGGCUUCAUGAGCGAUGAGGAUGAUGAGGAAGGGAGGCAGGAGGCUGAGCUGUAUGAUGGGCACUUGGGAGAUGCUCAGGACAUGCGCAUCCAUUCCUCAGCUGUAGUCAAGAGCUCAGAGGUUGAGUUUCCAGUGCAGUUCCAUGAGUUACAGUCCAAUACAGAUCUCAAGAUGCCGCCCUCAAACUGGCUUCAGGACCACUCAUCAAUCCGUCUGGCCAACCCCACACACAGACAUGCUGACUUCUCCAGCUUUGUCAUGGCCCACCAGUUCCCGGAUUGCAUUGGGGACGUGGAUGUUGUAUCUGAUGCGGAAAACAUCAAGAAGCUGCUCAAGAUCCCGUUCAACUCCAAGGCUCACGUUAGCAUGAUGAUCCACCGUGUUGGGAAGACGCUGCUCAUCGACGACUUUGACAUAUACAAGUACCUCCUGCGGCAGUCCGAGAAGGAGUGGCAGUGGCUCAGAAAGUUUUUCUUUGAAAAUGUCCUUCAGUCACUAAGACAUACUGAGGCAGUGCUGGUGCGUCCCAACAAGAGCCGGAAUGUUGUACAGAGCCGUAGUUUGUUGUCCAAGUUCCUUUACCACAGUGUGAAUGAGGAGGCUAGCCGGCCACCCAGCCCACCCCCCCGGUCCGUCUCCGAGAGCCCCGUAUCUGUGCGACGGCCGUCCCUCAUAAGCAGCGAAGUUAUGCCGGAACCCACAAUGGAGGAGCAGCUGCCACAAGCCUCCAGCCAGGCCUUCACUCGCACAGUCGUCUGGGACUUUGAGGACCUACACAUGCUCAUCGGCACUGACCUCCCCAUCUUCGGAGGGGGAACUCAUCCGUGUGUCUCGCUGCGACUGAGGGACAUGAGCAAACCCAUCAACAUUCUUACUGGUAUUGACUACUGGCUGGACAACCUGAUGUGUAAUGUACCUGAGGUGAUCAUGUGCUACCACCUUGAUGGCAUCGUGCAGAAGUAUGAGCUCAUUAAGACGGAGGAUCUGCCCCACAUGUGUGAGAACCAGUUUUCCCCGACUCUGGUGCGGGACGUUGCCCAGAAUAUCCUCGCCUUCCUCAAUAGCAAGGCCACCAAGGAGGGACACACCUACUGGCUCUUCAAAGGGAAGGACGACGACAUAGUGAAGCUGUACGACCUAACCUCACUGUGUCUUGAGGGCCAAAUGGGUGUUGAUGGGAAGGAGGAAGAGACCCCAGCACAGGAUUCCGGCAACCCUUUCACCGUGCCCGUGGCGAUGCUCUUCUACAGGGUGGCCAAGAACAUGCGAGCCUCAGAGGAUGCGAAUAAGAAGAUUGCGUCCAUCAGGGCCUUGCUUAAGAACUCCCUGACCCUCCUAGAUAAGGCUAAAUAUCCAAAGAUUGUGUCCUCGGCCCACUACAUGCUGUCAGACCUUUAUGUACCCCAAGACAUCGAUCCUGACUCGCCUGUGUUGUCAGACUGCAGCGACGAGGACAGUGAAUGGUCUUCAGUGCAUGGCAGCGACGAUGAGGACUUCGGUGAGGAGCAGGAGUCACAGUCUGUCACCACCUCCAACCCAAGCUCUUCCAUCAAGGUGUCAUCCCUCUGCAAGCCUUAUGCCAGCAAGACACAGUCAACCUACUACAAAGCCCCACCUCUUCUUGGCACCCUAGAAGAGCGUUGCCUGACAGCGCUGGGUCAUGUGUGUGAGGCACUGGAGUGUCUCCAUGCCUCCCAGACCAAGGAGCAGGAGCACAGGGAGUCCCAGCGAGGCAAAGACUCCUCUUCGGUUAAUCAAUCCAGAAGUCCGAGCCAGAACGAGGAAGAACCCAAGAUGGCGCGUCCCUUCCACCCCAUACCCAUGCCCUACUCACCCAUCAAUAGUAACAGCAGCACAGAGGAGAAGGGCAAAGCACUGGUUGUGUCCGGGGAGUCAGCGCAUCAGCACAGUGAGCUGACUGUGUCCGUGCUGAGUCACCAGUAUUGUGUGGCCAGCUGGUGGGACAAGCUGCAUGUCCUGCUGCUGAGGAAGGCAUCUCUAGUCUACCUGGUCAUGGCCAGAAGCAGUUUUAAUGCCAAGAGGUACGGCUUGGCACUGCGGUACUCCCGGUUUUCCACACAUGCUUGGCACGGCAUGGUGAACAGACUUGGCCUGCAGAUGGAUGACAUUUCCCUACCCUGCCAGGCCCUCACACUGGCUGGGGACAUUUUCUACCUGGUGUCCAAGGACUGGGAUGACAUAGCCACACACAUUGACGAGUAUAACAAUGUGUCAUCAGUGCAUGAAAAAAUCCUCACCCUUCUGGACCACAUACUGCCUGCACAAGAGUGCAUAAGGACGAUCAAGAUGCCGUGCGAUGUGGAGGAGGCAGUGACCUUGAGCCUUGCCUGCUACGAGAGUGCACUGCUAGUGGCCGACCCCGAGGCUGAGAUGCUCCUUGCCAGACGUCUUGGCAAUGUGUGCAACGAGCUGGGCGUUAUGUACAUGAACCAGGCAACAAAGCUGUGUGAGGAGGAGGAAAUAGGGUUCAAGGGGGCCGAGGAGCUGUGGAUGAAGAGUGCCGAGGUGCUAAGCCGAGGGCAGGAGAACUUUGCGAAGGUGAAGGAUGUGGCUAACGUGGCUCUGCUCCACUCCAACACUGGGCGGCUACUGAGACUCUGCGCCUUCCACUGUGUGCCCAAGAAUGAACAGCGGCAGUUUGUGAACCUUGAGCGGAACUAUUAUGAGCAGGCUGUAAAGGAGUACCAGAAGGCCUUGGAGGUGAUCAAGUCAAGGAAGAAGAACGAGGAGAUCUGGGAUUUGGUUGUGUGGGAGUAUGGCACGACGCUGUUCACCAUGGGCUCCUUACUGCAAGACCACCCUCCCCUAAGGCCUCAGGGAGGGAAGGAAGUGGCGAGGGAAGUGGUGGAGCUGUUCACCAAGGCUCUCAAGUACUGCGACGUGAAGAGUCCCGGAGCAAGGCAGCCUCUCUACCAGUACAGGGCAGCUAUGAUCUACAUGAGGCUUGCCGGCAUAUACCACAACAGUGUGAGACAAGGCCAAGGUGACAUGAAGAACAUUAGGCACUUGGCAGAACUCAACUACAAGAAGGCUGCAGCUCUCUUCAUGCAGCUGGACAACCCGAUAGACAUCCUCAAGGUGCAGCUGGACCAGGCAGUCUUGAUAGAGGACCAGAUGCAAGGUGUGCAUAAUCAACAGCUACUAAUGAGGCUACACCUGUCAAUCAUCCAGUUGCUUGUGGACUGUAUACCUGCCCUCAAGACCAGCCAGUCCCUCGUACAGGUCAAGACCAGUCCAGGAGCCAGUAGCCCCCAGACCCAUGCUGACAACACCCAGCCCAAGCAAGGGGAGGGGGGCACAGGGGACACAGCCAGGCAAAGGGAGAACAGUGGAGGGGAAGGCACGUCUCCGCAGACCGAGGAGGAGGAGAACCAGGACAAGAUUCAGGAGCUGCUUGUUGUGUUUGAGAAGAAGCUACAGAAUUCCCUCAUGGCACUCAUCAAGAUACAGUCCUCUGCCAAGUCCUCCAAAAAGGGCAACCCCCUCACCCCCGAGCUGGGCCUCCUGAAGCAGAUGUACAGCCUGAGCCUCAACCAGCAGUCAGUGCCUCGUGCCACCCACCUGUUGGCUGCCACCUCUGCCCUGCUGCCUCUACUCAGACAGAUCCCCACCCGUAGAUGAUGCCUCUAGUUUGUCCCUUAUUUUUGGUUCAAGAUGGUUAAUUAGUUCUGUCUCAAUUACUUCACCUCCUACUGAUAUUCUUUGUUUUGCAGCUUUUAAAAGAUUCCUUUGUUUUUGUCUUAUUAUCAUGAUUCAUUAGUUUUAGAAGGCUAUACACAUAUAUACAUCAGCCUUCUCUACCUGAUGACAGCUCUCCCAUGUUAUGCAAUAUCCAGGUUCUGUUGGUGGUUUUCAGUGGUGGGCACCGCUAACCAAAAAGUUAGCUUCUCUAACGGACAAGAACAAACCUGUAUGAAUUUUUUAGUGGACUUAAAAUUAGCAAAGGAGGAACUACAUUUAGCAGAAGCUAAUUGGUCCGCUAACUGUUCCCAAAGUUAGCAAAAACACUAAUCAGCUAAUGAAAAAAAAUAGCUUUGCUAAUUAGCAGUUAACGGAUUAGCGGAACCAUGCCCACCACUUGUGGUUUUAUACACAUUUGGAAGUCUGUCAAGUGUGUUGUUUACAGGGUAUGGUUGCCAAUUCAUACUCACCAUUCUAAUCCAUACUCAUAUCAGGAGGAAAGAAACUUCUGGGUGAAUAGAGCUGAGGUGUGAAAAUGAACUAUGCAUCAUUGCAUUGUGAAAACAAGGAUUGAUAAUCAUUU